GGUCCAGAUCAUCUCUACUGUGUGUUCAGAUGUACAUGUGUUUCUUUUAAGUUGGUUAAAGCUAUUUUAAAACUAUCAGAUACCUCAAAGGUCUGACUGCCAGUACUGCACCAGCUUUCCUGCCAUGGGCUGUCGGGAUGUCCAUGCGGCCACGGUCCUCUCUUUCCUGUGUGGAAUCGCCUCAGUAGCAGGUCUCUUUGCGGGGACUAUGCUUCCCAACUGGAGAAAGUUACGACUGAUCACGUUCAACAGGAAUGAGAAGAACCUGACUGUUUACACAGGCCUGUGGGUAAAAUGUGCCCGGUAUGACGGGAGCAGUGACUGCCUGAUGUACGACACUACCUGGUACUCGUCGGUUGACCAGCUGGACCUGCGUGUUCUCCAGUUUGCCCUGCCCCUCAGCAUCCUGAUCGCCAUGGGCGCCCUGCUGCUCUCCCUCAUAGGAAUGUGCAACACGGCCUUCAGAGCCUCCGUGCCUAACAUCAAGCUGGCCAAGUGUCUGGUCAAUAGUGCCGGCUGCCACCUUGUGGCCGGGCUGCUGUUUUUCUUGGCAGGUACCGUGAGCCUCUCCCCGUCCAUCUGGGUCAUCUUUUACAACUUCCACCUGAACAGGAAAUUUGAGCCAGUCUUUACGUUUGACUAUGCAGUGUAUGUCACGAUCGCCAGUGCAGGGGGCCUGUUUAUGACCUCCCUCUUGCUGUUUAUUUGGUACUGUGUCUGCAAAUCCUUGCCCUCUCCUUUCUGGCAACCACUGUACUCCCAUCCUCCCAGUAUGCACACUUACUCACAGCCCUAUUCAGCACGCUCCCGCCUCUCUGCCAUUGAAAUCGACAUUCCAGUAGUUUCCCAUGCCACCUAAUGGGGAAAUAGUUGUUAAAGAAAAUUUCUUGUAGCCUCAUAUUCCCCUUGUGCAAGGAGCAUUUUUGGACAUAUAUACAUUUUCCUUUGUUCCUGACCAGUGAAACCAAAUUUGUAUGUCUUGUUAGAAUGAAGUGCUGCUAGUUUUUAUGAGAAGGACAUUAUUUUAAAUGUGAAUCGUUCCUAUUGCUUCUUCUAUGGAGAGGUUUUUAACUUUCAUAUUGAUAUCUGGUCAAAUAUUUAAAUAGAAAGGACUUAUGUCACAAUUGAGGUGACAGAAUAACAUGGUUAAAGAGUGAUAACUCUGAGAAAUCAUUGCAUAUAAUCUUUAUGAAUAUUUCUGUUGUAUAUUUUCCUUUUUCUGUGAUACCAUAAACUCAAAGGCAAUUCAUAUAUGAGAAAUUUACUCCAAAUAAAGGUAAAAUUUUAACUGUAGUCAAUAAUCUACCAAUUUAAGGCUAUAAUUUUUCUUACUUCACUCUUGGGACUAAUUGUGCUAAGUAGACUUUAGUAUGUUGAAGAUAACUUUCUUUUGUGAGUUUCUUAUCUUCUACCUCAUGCCACUGUUUAAAAGUAAAAUACAUUUUAAGUGAUAUCAGGGUAAGACUAACAUUUCAAGUCUAUAUUAGUUAUGGAUAAUACUUACUGUAAUUUUUAAAGUUAAUGAUUUCAUAAAUUGUAUUAUCAGAGUUUAAAUGUGCCAUGUGACAGGUUGGUGCUUCCUGGGAAGAAGGGGAAACCUUUUUCCAGAUACCACCCAUCAAGCAGUACUCAUGUCCACACAUAAUCUCCUAGUGGCUAACAGAAAUAAAUAAAAGGGCCCUAAUGAUUUGGGUUUUGAAAGACAUAUGUGGUAGGGGACAAGAGUCUGUUGUUCAGUGACAACAUCAGAGCCUCACUCUGGUGACUCCCUGUUGAGCAAUGGGUGAAGAAGUAAGGAAUGGUUUUCCCAUGACCUCCUCUACCUUUGACUCAGUUCCUGCACCAUCACUGAUGAUUUCCUUGUGUAUAUAUUUCUGCCCAGUACCUUCAGAGGUGCUUUGGAGAAUCCCUGAAGAGUGUGCUCUCUGGUUCCAUCCACUAAUAACUUUUAAAAUAAUCAGGAAAAUGCAGUUGUUAUCUGAUAUUAGGGAACAGCCUGACUUCACUGAUGGCUGGCCUUUGACUUUAGAAUCAUUGAUCCAGGAAUAUAUUUCGACCAGAGAUCUGACUUUCUAGCACACUAGUUGUACAGCACCAGCAAUAUCCUGGACCUAGAGAUAUUCAGUUUACUUCAAUUCAUUGGAUCCUUAGGGAGCUAGCUUAACCUGGAUGCUGUGAAACACUAUGUAUCAGAUGCACAGGAAUGGGCAGAAGUGGUAGAGCAAUUAAGUUGUAUCCUUUCCACCCUUGGAAGUAUGAUGCCAUGUUAAAAAGGAAGAAAUUUUUAAAAUCUCUUCUGAUGGGUUAACGAUUAGAUAAAACCAUGUUAAUGCUAAGACAGAUACUUAGAAAUUCAGGGAUAUUGGACCUCUACUAUUAGGAAUUUGAGCUGCUUAUUGUGUAAUUUGCUACAUGUUAGCAUUGUGUCCAAAAGGAUUUUGUUCCUUUAGCCAUUGUGGAUUUUACAAGCAGGGAGUUGUAAAAUUAUUAUGCCUCUUUUGCAAAUCUGAAUAAGAUUCUUACAAUUCUGUAGUUACAUGUGGUAUUUUUUUUCCUAAUUGUAACACUACUUUAUGUAUAUAGAAAAUAAGGCCAGUUGUAUACUUUUCUCAAGGCUAUGGAUUUUUAUUUACAGUUUCUGAUUUCUUUGAGUUCUGAUCCUUUUCAUUUUUUUCUGAUGUGGCUGAGUCUGUAUCAUUCCAAGACAAUGGGGGUGAAAUUUUGAGAUUAAUAUUAAAACUGCUAAUAUUAAUUUUGCCUAUUUGGUAAUUAAUCUCUCCCAUGAAGCAUUUGUCCAGAAGUAUUGAGAAUUCCACCAUCCACUUGGUCUUCAUAUACAUAAUGUUAAAGAAAACUAGACUAAGCCAUUAAGAUACUAGACAGUUUUUAAUUCAUGGGAUUGUAAAUAUAAACAUUAGCUUUUGUACAAGAAUCUUUUGGUUUGUAACAUUAAAUUAGUUAUUUAUUAUUGAUUUAUUAGGCAGAAAAAAGAAUUCUUUAUUAUUUUUCUUUAGGGUUUCAGAUUUGCUAUUGAGAAGCUACUUUUGAAAGCUAUCAAAUGAAAGCAAAUACUUACAAUUUUUUUCAGUCACUUUAGAGUACUUACCAGGCUGUCAUUAUGUUGAGAGGCAUUAUCUUUUUCCAUUAAUAUUAAAAGCUUAUUAAUUUUAAAGGCCUUUAUAGAUAACAACUUAAAGGCCUUUAUUGACAGCAACUUAGGAAACAACGUUCAAGUGUUAGGGUGUGUCAGAUUUGGUUUACCCAGCCAUGGGAGAAAACAAAUGAACCUGAGUUUACUUUAUUUGUACAUAUACACAAUAAUGGAUACAAUAUUUGCUGUAAACUGUAAUGUAAAACCUCAUUGAAAGUGCACUGUACUUCUUGAUGUUUAUUAA